CGCUAAAUAAGAGCUCCGGCAUGUCUUUCCCUCCACCCCCCAAACCUGUGUCCUUGUUAGGCCGACACCGUAUUCUUGCUCCAACUGCUGGGGUCAAGGUUUCGCCCAUUUGUUUAGGUGCGCUGAAUUUUGGAGAAACAUGGGCCUCUGCGUUAGGCGAAUGUAGCAAAGAGCAAUCUUUUGCCAUGCUCGAUUAUUUUUAUUCGCAAGGUGGAAACUUCAUUGAUACUUCAGUGAACUACCAAGAGGGUGAGAGUGAGCAAUGGCUCGGCGAGUGGAUGGAGCUUCGUGGGAAAAGAGACGAAAUGGUGAUAGCGACAAAGUUCACCGGAACUCAAGUCGGCCUGGCUGACAAGGUGAUCCAUUCGAAUUACGGCGGAAAUAGUGCGAAGAACAUACAUACAUCUAUCGAGCGCUCCCUUCGAAAUUUGAAGACCUCCUACGUUGAUAUUUAUUACGUGCACUUCUUCGAUUACACUACCUCUAUCCCAGAAUUGAUGCACUUCCUCAACGCUCUCAUCACGAGCGGGCGCGUACUCUAUCUCGGUGUGUCCAAUGCGCCUGCAUGGGUUGUGGUCAAGGCCAACGAUUAUGCUCGUCAACAUGGACUUCGACCGUUCUCCAUCUAUCAAGGCCGAUGGAGCGCAGCGAGUCGAGACAUGGAACGCGAGAUUAUUCCAAUGUGUUUGGAGGAGGGCAUGGCGAUUGCGCCCUGGCAAGUCCUCGGCGGAGGAGGGUUCAAAAGCAAUGAAGAUGGUCGGACAUCCUCAGUUGGACGCACAGGUAAGGAAGAUGUCGUGGGCAAGGUCUUAUCCGGAAUUGCGGAAAAGCGGGAUGGUGCAGUCCAUCCCGUCAAUGUUGCACUUGCAUAUGUCAUGCACAAAGCUCCUUACGUGUUCCCAGUCCUUGGUGGACGCAAGAUUGAGCAUAUGAAGUCGAAUAUCGAGGCUCUGGGCUUGAAGCUGACGCGAGAGGAGAUGAAGGAAAUUGAUGGCGCGUAUGGAUUUGAAAUGGGAUUCCCAUCCGAUUUCGCGAAUCCAAACAAUGUGAUGAUUCUAGGGCCUCGAGAUGCUCUUGUCAACAAACGAACGGGCACGUACGAUUACGUUGCUGGUCCCGAGGCAAUUGAGCCACAUCAAGGAGCUGUUGACGAAGAUGCUGGAGAUAGGCCGAUGGGUGAAGCGAAAUAA